AUGACGCCUCCUCCCGUUCCCCGUGCUCAACCUGGCGAACACCAGUUCUGGACUGAUCCUAUUCUUUGCAAGGAGACUCAAGUUAGAGUGGGACAUUUCCGCAGUCUUAGAUGGCUUCCCACAAACUUCAAACCCAAGACCCCAUCAAUAAGAUAUGAUUUAAGUCGACAGGCGCCCCAACACCUUGAGCGGGAUGCAAGGUUUGAGGAUGAUAUUGGUUUUUAUAACUACCGUCUGUGGGCUAUAAAAAAGGUUAAUCGGAACUUUACCACCCAGGAACGGCAGAGGGUGCUUGGCCAGUCUGGUAACGCGGUUUUCGAAAAGCACUAUCAAUCGCAGUUUAUCUACCGUGAUCCUCAACCUGUAGUUACGCCUCAGAGGAGGAGAUUGAAAAUAUAG